AUGGACCAAGAAAAAUGUCAACAAAAAAUUCAAAUAACAAAACAUAUGAAAAAAUGUAAAAAAUUUGUAAAAUCUAAAGAAAAAUGUUUUGGCAAAUGUCCUUUAUGUACUGAGCAUCACAAACUAUAUGCUUGCAGUAAAUUCAACAACAUGAGUACAAAUUUUAGAAGGAAUUUUGUGAUGAAAUCAAGGCUUUGUUUCAACUGUCUUAACUUUGGCCAUCAAGUUUCUUCUUGUUACUUUCCUCCAUGUCCUCGUUGUGGGGAAAAGCAUAAUUCAAAGCUUCAUGAAGAACAAGCAAACACCAGUAAUGAAGAUGCUUCUAUUGCCAAUGAUGAUAAUAGAUCUGAGCCCCAUGUAACAGCCAUGUACACUGAAAUGUCAGCUCCAGAAGCUGAAAAUCGAAAUGUUCUUUGCCAUUGUCAAUGUAUGCGACACUUUUGGGUGCAUGCAUUCAUGCCGAGCUGUCCUGGACUCUGGUUCUCAAUUAAAUUGUAUUACAAAUUCUUGUGCUAA